CAUCCCCAGCAUCCUUGGCCUCAUCACCAGGCUGCUUCGUCCUUCCUUCAUAUUUGUAUCCUCGUCCGUCCUAGCCCGGAUGCCCAACCUCUAGGCAAGCCGCAUUGUUGCACCGUUCCCCCCAGAGCUGCCACCGCGACCUAUACUUUGCCCCCAACACAACCCCGUCCAGCGGGUAUCAACCCACUGCAUCCAUUCAAGAGGCCAACUAUCACCCAGAGUAACAGGCUGGGGGGCUGCGGUCACCUCGCUGCAAUCUGGAUUGCAACGAAAUCAUGCCCGCUCAAAUACUCUCGGCGGCAGCUGCACCCAAGCUACAGCGGGUCGACACUCUCGACCUCAAGGAUAAGCUGACUAAGGCUCUCGGUCCACGAUCCCCGGUGUACUGGCAAGGCCUUCGAGACUUCUGCAGCGCCCGACUCACCCGAUCCGAAUUCGAAGAGCAAGCCCAAAAGCUGCUGAAGAGCGAACAUGUACAUCUACACAAUUCGCUUCUAUUGGGACUGCUAUACAAUGCGAGUCCCGGCGUCCCAGGCCCGUCAUCCACAACCGCAGCCAAGAGCACUCGCAAGGCCGGCGGCAGCGAGAUUGAUCAUGGAGAAGACAAGGCGAGUCCACGGAAGCGGAUGCGCCUCCUUGUCGCCGGCCUCAACAAGAAGGAACGCAGCCGUCUCAAGAGCCUCGCAAAAGGCGGAAAAGGCGGCAUCGGCUCUACAUCCAGCGAAAAGGCCAACCUCGACUGGGCCGGUGCAGGCGCUGACUUAUUGGAGAAGAAGCGAAAAGAAGACGAGCGCAAGAAGGCUCUCGAAGACAAGAAGCGAUAUCGCGAAGCGCAGACUGCAGUCGGUGCUAUGGACUGGCGGACAGAGACGCUGCAUCGAUAUGAAUCUGCAGAAUCCGCCAGACGCAGACUUCCGCUAAGCGUUCAGCAAGCGCUUUCUCGGGGAAUGACAACACCGUUGUGCAUCCACACCAAGGAGCUUCCUACAAUUGAGUCAUUGCGAGACAGGAUGACCAUGCAUGCUGUGGAAAAUGGGCUUCCCGGAGGAGUGCAUCCACAGGCAGCUGCCAUGGUCCUCACAGCUUUGCAGAGCCAUCUGCAAACCAUCGCCGGCAGCGCCUUGGGCAAGGUUCGGUUCCAUCCCGAUGCAUCCACCGCAACGCACGAUGUGGAACCGACUUUCCAGCUGGACGAGCCGCAUCGCAGCACUCCAACUCCCAUUGACCUCGACCGCGACUCACCAGCGCCACGCCUGGCGCUGGCUCGUGCGGAUGGCAGCCCCACGCGCGCGCUCGUGCCGGACAUGUCGUUCCGCACCAGCACGUACGGCGGCAGCUCGAUGGGCGACACGUCGAUGGUCUCACUUGUCAGCACGGCUCCGACAAGCGCAAGCUUUGCUGCUGGCUCUGCAGCUUCGUCCGUCGGGGGCGCAGAUGCGGAUGGCGCGACCAUGUCGGAUGCCGGUCAAGGUGGUAGUGCCGACGGCGGCCCCCGUAACGACAAGGCAUUCGGUGUCACGCUCUCAGACCUCUCCUUUCUUUUCGAGUCAGUCCCUCACACACUCGUGGAGCCUCUCGGCCUUGGCACGAGCGAGCGACUCUUGGCUCCCGAUUGGGAGGAGGAAGAAGUCGAUCGGCAGACGCGCACAGCAGCCGAGGCAGCAAUGGCCAAGGCAGCAAGGGAGACGGCGACAGCGAAGAUGUCCGCAGCGCCAGCUAAUGCGCCUCCGGAGGUGCUGUCGUCGGAACUCGUCACUUCCCUAGCAAGAUCUCGGUUCGCCAUCGACCAAUCUGCGCCGCUCCGUCUCCUUGACCCCCGCACGUUCACCGAGACGCAGGCGCUGAAACUCGCGAAGCUUCAUCCCAAGGAUGGCAGCGCGAACAAUCGACCAAGUGUCGGUGGCCUCAGCCUUGCCGCCUCGGCAACAGUCAGUGGUGCGGGCAUCAUUGCGUCUACAUCGGCCGGCGUGGGUGACGCGGCGCCAUCCUCGGAUGCAAAGUCUGGCGGCAAGGCGGAUGCCUUAACGGUGACCACGACGAAGCGCAAGGAUGGUUCCAAAAACUCUCAGCUCUGGGAGGUUGUCGAUCCUGUCGCGCUCCUCUCGCAUAUCUAAUACUUUCUUGAAGAAACCGGUAUAGACCGAACGCUCACUCUCCUUUACGCAAGCAUGUUUUCCAAGCCUCCGAUCACACUGUCCUUUUCGCUCUCUCUCCCUCUCCCGCUUUAACUGUGGUCAUUGCUUGAUCGCUGGUGCAAUUUGCAACUUGUCUGCUUGUACCCUAAUGUGAACCUAUAAUACAACACGUGCAUCAUCAU